AUGGCAACACCCACCCCCCUCACACACGCCCCCAUCCUCUCGCUCGCAAAAGCAACAUUUGAUGAUAUCCCCGAGAUCACAGCACUCUGGUACACGUGUUUCUCCUCCCCCCUCUUCGACAAGCUCUUCCCGCCCACGCCCGCCGUGUACGCGUGGUGGAACGCGGCCAACGGCGAUGAUCUGCUGCACAAGCCGUCACAGGUCUACCUGAAGGUCUCGGACGUUUCAACGGAGGGCAAGGGCAGGAUUGUGGGGUAUGGGAAGUGGGGGUUUUGGGAGGGCGGAGAGGAGAGGAUGCUGGAGGAUCGAAUGCCGGCGUGGGCGGGGGAGAGUGAUGGGGGUUUAUGCGAUAGGUUUUUUGGGGCGCUGGCGGAGGAGAGGAGGAGGAAUUUGGGGAGUCCGCCGAGGGGACAUGCUUAUCUCGACAUGCUCUGUACGCUUCCGGAAUACAGGAAACUGGGUGUUGCCCGUUUGCUGAUGGAAUGGGGAUGCGAAAGAGCAGAUGCGCAGGGGAAGGAAGCGUAUGUAGAUGCGUCGGAUGCUGGCAAGGCGGUCUAUAUGAAGUUUGGAUUUGAGCAGCAGAAGCCUUUAGUGCUGGAGCUUGAUGGGCAGUGGAUUACGUGUACUAGUUUCGUCCGACCGGCGAAGACACAAUUGAAUUGA